AUGUAUUUGUUUGAAACACUCCCAAACUACAUGAUAUUUGUGUACAGAUCGUUGGGAAUCAUCCAGUUUUGUCCCAAAAAUUCACACAAAAUCGUAAAGAUAUCUCCCACCGUUCUUUACGUUUGUUUGCAGCUGUAUUUUCUGUAUACUAGUGUUAAAUUUUCCUCCGAUUACAUGACUCUGGGAUUCACUGGUCUAUUCCACUACCUCGACUUGCUAUCAACCGUUGGAACGGUUUUAUCAAUGCUAACAUCACUCGUUAUGUUUCGCAAAAGGAGCAAGCGACUCAAAACUUUACUUGAGCAAACCGACAAAAUUGAAAUUUUUCAAACAAAUGAAAAGUCGCGCUUGAGUUGCAUACAAAUUUUGCUUUUCGCCGGUAUAGUUGGCUUAAUUUUACUAGUGCCGUUUUCGAAUUCUAUGAUUGAUUUAUCCUUUUUUUACUUCAUUCCUUUGUUCAUCAAUAUUUUUGAUCACAUGUUUUUGUGUGAUAUUCUCAACUUUAUUUCAUCUAAAUUUGGUUCGAUUAAUCACCAUUUGCGCCACCAAAUCAAAACAGAGGAUGAGGAUAUUAAAACGAACAUUCGACGAGUCCAAGAAUUGUCGUUUUCUCAUUACAAUUUGGUCGAUUUGACCAAAAAAAUCACAAGACUGUUCGAAAUCACAACAUUGGCUGCGAUGGGAAUGUGGUUUGGGUACAUGGUUGAUGGUAGUUACUACACACUGCAUGUUCUAGUCCAUGGUAGUCCUUCUUUUUGGACAGAUGUCGGUUUUAAUUGCAUGUUUGGCGUUUUGCAUUUUUUUUGGUUGUGUUUUGUAAUAGAUGGAUUUGCAAGGACUCAAAAUACGGCUAAUUUAGCUGCAAUCUAUCUGCACGAUAUUUGGAAUAAGUAUUUGGAAAGAGGGAAACUUGACAGAAAUGUACGUUAUCUUCAAUUGAUUUCCAUUCGGUUUUACAACACCAAAGUGCGCUUUACGGCUAUGGAUUUUUUUAGUCUAGACUGGACGUUUGGGCAUUUGGUAAAAAUCAACAAGAUUUUUACUUUUUUAGGGUUUCUUUUAGAUGAUUGCUGCAGUUGCCACCUAUGUGGUAAUCUUAAUCGAAAUUGAGAUAUAAUUUUGGU